GAAAUUCCUGCGCUGGAGAGACGGAGCUGGUGCGGAUCCGAGAAGCCGAACUUGGCCAUGGAGCCAGUAGCGACUUGGACCCCCGGGAAGGUGGCGGCUUGGCUGAGAGGCCUCGAUGAUUCCCUGCAGGACUAUCACUUUGAGGACUGGGAGCUGCCUGGCAAGUACCUGCUCCAGCUCUGCCCCCGAAGCCUGGAAGCUCUAACUGUGUGGCCUCUGGGCCACCAGGAGCUCAUUCUGGAAGGGGUGGAACAGCUCCGGGCCCUGAGCUCCGGGCUACAGUCAGAGAACCUGCGGAGCCUGACAGAGGGGCUGCUGGAGGGGAUCCGGGCAUUCCAGAGCUUAGUCCAAGGUCACCUGGGGGGCUGUGCUGAGCCUCCUGCAGAUGUCCUCACCGCGGCCAUGGAGCUGGUGCAUGCGGCCCGUUCCCUCCUCUUCUGGCUCAACAGGUACCUCUUCUCCCACUUAAAUGACUUCUCAUCCUGCCAGGAGAUUGGGGAAUUGUGCGGGGAGCUGGGCCAGGCCUUGCAGGAGGACUGUCCAGCGGCUGAGAAGGAGAGCAAAGUCCUGAGGAUUAGCAGCCACGUGGCCGGGAUCUGCCACAACAUCCUGAGCUGCAGCCCAGAGGAGCUGCUGGAGCAGAAGGCCGUGCUACAGCACGUGCCGCUGGACCAUCCUUCGGGCCUGGAGAUCCACACCACCAGCAACUGCCUGCACUUUGUGUCUCGAGUGGGCACCCAGGUCCCCACUGAUUCCCGGCUGCAGAUCCUGCCUGGAGACGAGAUUGUCCAGAUCAAUGAGCAGGUGGUGGUGGGCUGGCCCCAUAAAAACGUGGUGAGGGAGCUGCUCCGGGAGCCAGACGGGGUCAGCUUAGUGCUGAAGAAGGUCCUGGCGCCGGAGAUACCCUCACAGACCCCUCCUCAGGCCCUGGGCCCCCCACGCCCAGUGAGCCCAUCACUGGCUCCGGCCCUGCCGUCUCCCAGGGCCCCAUCGGAAGACGUCUUCGCCUUCGACCUGACUUCAAACCCAAGUCCCGGACCCAGCCCUGCUGCCUGGACAGCCUCAACCUCCCUUGACCCGGAGCCCCUGCCUGGCCCCCAUGCACCCUCAGCCACACUCCUAGCUGGGGUAGCAGACGCUCCAGAGCCCCCAGAACACCCUGACAAGGUAAGCUCUGGGGCUCAGCAAGGAGGGGUGUGUGGCUUUGGACCCAUACGCUUCUCUAACCUCCUGUGGUUCUUUCAGAGUCCUGUUCCUGGUCGCAAGAAAUCAAAAGGCGUGGCGACGCAGCUGAGCCGCCGGCAGGUGUCCUGCCGGGAGCUGGGCCGGCCUGACUGUGAUGGCUGGCUCCUGCUCCGCAAGGUGCCCGGGGGCUUCAUGGGCCCGCGCUGGCGCCGCUGCUGGUUUGUGCUCAAGGGACACACGCUCUACUGGUACCGCCAGCCCCAGGAUGAGAAGGCUGAGGGCCUCAUCAAUGUCUCCAGGUACAGUCUGGAAAGUGGACAAGAUCAGAAGAAAAAAUAUGUGUUCCAGCUCACCCAUAACGUGUACAAACCCUUCAUCUUCGCUGCUGAUACCCUGACGGACCUGAGCAUGUGGGUGCGCCAUCUCAUUACCUGCAUUUCCAAGUACCGGUCUCCAGGCCGCGCCCCCUUGCCCCGAGAGGAAGACUGCUACAGUGAGACGGAAGCAGAAGACCCCGACGAUGAGGCUGGAUCCUGCUCAGCCUCGCCCAGCCCAGCCCAAGCUGGGAGUUCGCUCCACGGAGACACAUCACUUGCGGCCGCCCUCACGCAGGGCAGCCCACGGACCUCCUUCAGCCCUCCGACAGACAGCAGCGAAGGGGCCCUGGAAGGAAUGGUACGGGGGCUGAGGCUGGGUGGCGUGUCCCUCCUGGGCAGGCCGCAGCCCCUCACUCACGAGCAGUGGCGGAGCUCUUUCAUGCGGCGCAACCGAGACCCCCAGCUCAAUGAGCGAGUGCACCGCGUGCGGGCGCUGCAGAGCACGCUCAAGGCAAAGAUGCAGGAGCUGCAGGCCCUGGAGGAGGUGCUAGGCGACCCCGAGCUCACUGGGGAGAAAUUCCGCAGGUGGAAGGAGCAGAACCAGGAGCUCUACUCAGAGGGCCUGGGGGCCUGCGGAGUGGAGCGGGCCGAGGACAGCUCCCAAGCCCCGAACUCUGACUCCAGGGAACCGUCUUCCCACCCCCCACCCUCUCAGCCUGAGGAGCACUCCUGUCUCCGCCCCCUGACCCCAGAGAGUGACCUCUGACCUCCUGACUUCUAACUCUGGCCAGUACCCUAGUUCCUGACCUCUGGCCUUGAGGACCACCUCUGACACAUCUAGGACAGAGCACCCCUGCAUUCUGUUCCAGUUUGGAAGUCGUGCUUGUCCAUGGUUCUGUCCCAAGCUGACUGCCUCUGCCUGAGCUGCUGCCAUUUCUGCUCCUCCCUCCCCUGGAGUGGGGUGAAGUGAAGUGAGCUUUGUGCCAAGGAAGGAGCAAGAGACGGGGCCGAAAGAACUCUCUCCUACCCUGUGCUCUGUGGGGUCACAGACCUGCCCCCUCCGCCCCGCGGCACUUCGUUCCCCAAGCCAGUCUGUAUGGGUGUUCUUCACUUUACCCAGGAGACACUUUUCAACUAAAUAAAGUCAG